AAGGCUGAAUUGUUCUGAUGGGAGUUAAGACUCUGCCCCAAAUCAUGUGAGGGGGGUCUGUAGAUAAAAAGGAGCAGCAGGUGACCGCUGAGUCAGUGGACCUGAUCACCAGCGUACACUUGAGUGGAGUGUUAAGAUGUACGGGCACAACCAAGGAAACCAGUACCCUGGUUAUCCCAACCAGGGCUCAUACCCUCAGUAUCCUCCAGGUACCGCCCCACCACCCGUCUACCCUCCUCAGCCCCACGGCCCACAUGGAGCCUACCCCGGACACGGACCUGGACCUGGCUGCCCGGGACAGGGGCACAACCAUGGCCAUGGCCACGGCCACGAUCACAGUCAUGGACACGGGCACGGUCAUGGUGUAGGACACGGACAUGGAGCAUGCCACGGACAUGGACAUGGACACAAAGACAAGGACAAGAAAAAGCACAAGCACAAGCACAAGGGUGGCCACAAGCACGGCAAAUGUCACAAGAAAGGAAAGGACUGUCAUGGGUCCUCCAGCAGCUCCUGCAGCAGUGAUUCAGACUAGAUGAACAUCCCGACCUGUUGGAAACCUUCAUCCUGCUACUAUGCACAUUAAUCGUUAUCUUACUGCCUGAACAUCUCUUCACCUGUUAGCUUUAAAAAAGUGUCUACUGAUUUUAUAAAAUCAUCAACCACAACAGUGUAAACUUUUCUUCAAGUUUCCUACUUUUACUGUAAAAGACACGCUGCUGGCACUGUUGUACACGUGUGAGUAGUUAUGGUGCUCAUUUUCAUGAUAAAAUUGAUAUGC